AUGGCUAGCACAUCUCCGGUUAUCCUCAUUCUCGGAUCGGGGCCCAAUAUCGGGCAGCAUGUGGCUCGGGCUUUUGCCGCAAAGGGCUACAAAGUUGCCCUUGCAUCCAGAAGCCUCAAGGAAGAAGACAGCAAUGCGGACCAAGUCCACAUUUCCGCCGACCUAUCGGAUCCUCAUUCCGUGAAGGGCAUCUUUUCGAAAGUCAAAGCAUCGCUCGGUCUACCAAGUGUUGUUGUUUACAAUGCUGCUGCGGCGACUCCAAACAACCCAGAUGACCCACUGUCUCUUCCCUUAGCUGACUUCAGUCGAGACUUCCACAUCAACACGACUAGUGCGUUUGUCGCUGCACAACAGGCGGCUCUAAGCUUUGAGCAACUCAGUGACCAUGGGAGUAAGACAUUCAUAUACACUGGUAAUAUACUUAACUCGGCCACUAUUGCAAACCUUCUGGAUCUUGGUGUGGGUAAAUCCGCAACGGCCCACAUCAUCCGCUCUGCUGCUACCGCGUACUCCAAUAGAGGCUUCAAAUUCUAUUAUGCCGAUGAGCGGAAGGCUGAUGGAACUCCUGCAUACUCUGAGAUCAAUGGAGAGGCACAUGGGAAAUUUUAUGCCGAACUCGCUGAGCACAAGUUCCAGGGUCCUUGGCAACAGACUUUUGUCAAGGACAUAGGCUAUAAGCACUUCCCAGUCGCUUGA